UUCUUUUAUCCCCCCUUUUUCCCCGAACGCCUUGUAAAAAGUGCAAUCGAUUGUGGUGAUAAUUUUUUUUUGGGCACCGAAAGUUUUACAAUAAUCCCACCCCCGUAAACAAAUGUGUAAAAUCGAUUCAGUUGUGUAGGAAAGUGGGUGAAAAACGUCGGUGCUGUGGGCCCGAAAAAAUACAAUGAAUUUUGCCGACCCAUGGGUGACGCAGGACAGCAAAGCUAGCAGUGAAUCGUUUAGCGACAACAACAACAGCACCCCAGCAGCCAUUAGCGAACACAUUCCGCCACCGAACAACGCAGCAGCAGUGCCAGCGGACCCGACCAGCACCACCAUUGUUGCUACCGAUUCGCUGGAAUUUGAAGAUAACUUCAUCCCCGAGCAGCCACCGCUAAACCCACGACAACCGCAAGAUAAUCGUCUUCCGGACUCGGACAACUAUUUAGCUACAUUAGAGAAGCGUUUGCAUCGGUUGAGGACCAAUCCGGGCGUGCUGCAGCAGCUGGCCGAACGUCGCGAAGCUUGUAUGCAAUCGUUGCUCGGUGGCGACGUAGCGCUGCGUACGGACGCGGAUCUGGAGUUGGAGGAACCGGUCAACAGCAACGAGCUGCUGCGAUUCAUUCGCCCAGAGCAGGCCCUUUCCCAGGCGGAGGUUGUGCAACUGGUGCAGCACGAUCAGCUACAGCUCGAGGCGGACGAACAGGAGGAGCCACGCGAAGGCGAAGAGAGUGGCACGGAAAGUUCGACGUCACGCUAAAGCACGGGAGUGGCGAACUUUGCUUAAUUUGUGGUAAGUGUGCAAGUAAAAAAGCAUUGGAAUUACAUCUAUUUUCUCAGGGGGGUAUGUGUGAAGACUAAUCGUGUAAAAAAAAACGCACUAACAUUCUCAAAAGUCUAACGAACGCCUUUUAAAUAGAAGAGUGCUUGAUACGAAUGUGUGUGUGUGUGUCUUUCUUGGUUAGCUUGUUUUGAGCGCUUUUACUUCGCCCUACCGUAGCGCAAUCCAAUCCAGUAAAAGCGCUACCCCAAUCAUGUCUUCCGAGACGGUAACCUCGACGACAACCCCGGCCGCAACCCCGCCGGCAGCAACGACGACGACGACGACAGCCGUCAAUCUCGAGCAGGUGGCGUACUUUCUCGUGACGGGAGCAUCGCGCGGUAUCGGCGCCAAGAUGGCCAUCGAGACGGCGCGCAAGUUCAAGGCCGGUUCGGUGGUGGUGCUGCUGGCCCGUUCCGCCUCCGGGCUGGAAAGCACCCGGGCCGAGAUACUGGCCGUCAAUCCGCACGUUACCGUGGUGACGAGCUCGGUCGAUCUCGCCACCGCAUCGAAGGAGCUGCUGAACGAAAUACUGGACAAAUCGCUCGGCAAGCAGCCGACGGACCGGUUCGGGCUGGCCUGCGUCAUCCACAACGUCGGCACGGUGGGCAACAUCGGCCGGAAGGCGACCGACCUGGACGACCGUACCGAGUGGGAGCAGUACUUCGGCACGAACGUGUUCACCGUGGCCGUGCUGAACAGCUGCUUUUUGCGCAAGUUCCAGUCCGUCCCGGGGAAGCUGGUGAUCAACAUCACCUCGAAAGCGUGCCUGGUGCCGUUCCAGAGCAUGACGUACUACUGUGCCGGGAAGGCGGCGCGCGAGAUGUACUUCCGCGUGCUGGCCGAGGAGGAAGCGGCCGCGGGCGUCACCGUGCUCAACUAUUCGCCCGGUCCGGUCGACACGGACAUGACGGUCGAUCUGCAGGCGAACUCGAAUGCGCCGGAAAUUCGGGACUACUUCAAGGGGUUGCGCGAUACCACGACCAUACUUACGACCGACCAAACGACGGCCAAAUUUUUACACAUCCUCCAGAACGGACUGUUCAAAUCGGGAGAUCACGUCGACUACUACGAUCACUGAUUCGUGGGGGGGGGGGGGGGGAGGAAUGAAUCUCUCUCUCACGUUCUCUCUCGUAUUACGUAUACAUUCCACGUGCGCGCGGCAAUCGAUGUGCAAUCGCUUAAAGCUUGCGGAAAUAAAGAAGAAAGCUAUCUUUGCUUGCGCUCUCAAAGAGCUGCUUAGCAUUUGUUGA